AUGACCAGAGAGACAUGUAUUUAUGGUUCGGUCGUUUCAUUUUCUUGUAUGGAUAUAGUUCUAGAAUAUGGAGCACAUGUAAAGAAACUUGGAAUGAAACUCUUUGAAUUACUAUCAGAAGCUCUUGGAUUGAAUCCAAACCAUUUAAAAGAUAUGGAUUGUUUCAAGGGGAUUAUGUUACUUGGUCAUUACUAUCCUCCAUGUCCUGAACCAGAAUUAACUAUGGGAACCACCAAACACUCUGAUGGUAGUUUCCUCACCGUGCUUCUCCAAGAUCAUAUUGGUGGUGGCCUUCAAAUUCUAAAUCAGGAUAGUUGGAUUGAUGUACCCCAAAUACCCGAGGCUCUUGUUGUCAAUUUCGGCGAUCUUCUGCAGCUUGUAACAAAUGAUAGAUUCAAGUGUGUUGAACACAAAGUACUCGCAAAUAGCAUUGGUACAAGAGUAUCUGCUGCAUGCUUUUUUAGGGGACAAGAAAAGCUUUAUGGCCCCAUAAAAGAAUUGUUAUCUAAAGACAAUCCUUCUAAAUACAGAGAAACCACUUUUACUGACUAUGAAGCAUACUAUGUUGCAAAAGGACUUGAUGGCAAUUCUGCUCUUCAACAUUUCAAGAUUUGUUUAUCAUGA